CGUGCAGAGAGAAGCUAACAAGUAGGAGGUAUUAGCAGUAUUUUUGUAUUCGGAUAGACAAGAUAUUUUUACUUAAUGUACUACUUAUAGUUGAAAGAUUUGUACCUGCAGUCAUUGUACUUGUAGUAGCAGAGGGUAUUAUAUUUAUUGUUUUAAUGGUGCCCAUAUAUCUGUCAUUUUUGCACAUAUUGUAAAAACUGUCCUUUGGCAUUUGUAAUAUAUUGAAAAGUAGUGUUAAAAUUAGUUAUAGUUUUAAGAAAGAUUUACAGUCAACGUGAAUGUCAGUUACUCAAGUAGUUAAAGUAAAACGUUAUAAUUUGAAGUAUUGCAGGUGUAAAGUGAAGAAAAAAAACUGAAAACAGUAUAAGUAAGGAAAAUGCAGGACUACGAGGAGUCAGUGUCGUUCCUGGGGACCUGGGGCCCAUUCCAGAAAAGAGUCUUCUUCCUGCUCUGUCUCACCUCAAUCCCAGGGGGAUACAACCUCCUGUCCGUCAUAUUCCUGUUGGCUACGCCAUCACACCACUGCCACAUCCCCACCCAUAGCAACCUGAGCCAGGACUGGAGCGAAGCCAGCAUUCCAGUACAGAUGGCAGGAGGGCGUCCAGAGAGGAGCAGUUGUAGCCGGUAUGAGCUGGACCUGGUGCAGAACCUGUCUGCAAUGGGAAGCACACCUACUCUGAACUGGAUCAUUAACCUGUCAAGUCCAGAGGUCCUCGUUUCAAGCCUGAAGAGGGAGGGCUGUAAAGAUGGAUGGACCUACAGUACUGAGCACUACGACUCUACUGUAGUCAGUGAGUUCGACCUGGUGUGCAGUGACCAGUGGAAACAGCCUCUGACCUCGCUUUUCUACUUCCUAGGAGGACUCUUUGGAUGCUUCAUUUCUGGACAGAUCUCUGACCGGUUUGGCAGGAAGCCUGUUCUGUUUGGUGCCAUCUUCACAAUGAGCCUCUUCAGCAGUGCCAUGGCCUUCUCGCCAUCCUGGCCCAUCUUCAUCGCACUCUUCUUCAUGCUGGGAAUGGGUCAAAUCACCAGCUACAUUGCUGCGUUUGUACUGGGUUCAGAGCUCUUUAUGGGUUCCACCAGAGUUAUCUUCUCCAGCCUCUGCUUGCCUUGUGUCUACGUGAUUGGUACGAUGCUGCUGCCUGUCACUGCGUACCUGAUGGGCAGCUGGAGACACCUGUCACUGACCAUGGCUGUGCCAGGCCUGGCAUGUCUCCCUUUCUGGUGGCUGAUUCCAGAGUCCCCUCGCUGGUUAGUAUCUCGUGGCCGAAUUCAGGAAGCAGAACUCCUGCUGAGGUCAGCUGCGCUCGAUAACCGUGUUGAAGCUCCAUAUGACAUCUUUAUCCCAGCCAACGUGGAAAAAGAAACAAGUGAAAAGGUAGAGUCUACCAGCAUCCUGGACCUGCUGAGGACAGCCAACAUUCGAAAUGUUUCAAUUAUGCUGUGGAUCAUCUGGUUUUCUUUAAAUGUAAGCUUUUUUGGAUUGUCCUUCAACAUGUCUGCUCUCUAUGGCAAUCCCUUCCUGAACUAUUUCCUGCUGUCGGCUGUGGAGCUCCCGGCUUACACUGCCAGCUGGUUGGCGGCACGCAGUCUUCCUCGCCGCCUGUCCUGUAUCAGCUUCACCCUGCUCGGGGCGCUAGCUCUGCUUCUCAUCCAGAUCACUCUGUACAGUAAUGCAGCUAUAACCCUGACCCUGGUGUUGCUGGGUAAAUUUGGGAUUCUGGCUGGCAUCGGGGUGUUGUACAUGUUCACCAGUGAGCUGUCUCCCACAGUCAUCAGGAACACAGCAAUGUCUUCUUGUGCCAUGUUCUCCAGAGUGGGCUCCUCUGUAUCCCCAUACCUGCUGCAGCUGGCUGUGUUCAAUCAGUUCCUGCCGUGGAUCAUAGUGGGUUGUCUGUCGCUGCUUAGCGUUCUGGUCUGCUUCUUCCUGCCCGAGACCUUCAAACAGCCGCUGAUCGACACCAUCGAGCAGAUGCCUCCCCUACAGCGGUUCAGAUGGCCAUGGGCCUCCAUGCCUCCUCCAAAGGAUGAUGGGAAAUUAACCAAAGACCAGACUACUGCACCUGAGAUCAUCUGCACAACUCGCCUAUAAGACUCAAAACACACCAGUAGAUAUCAUAAUGCACUACAGCCGACAUGUAAACUGCAGUUAACUUUCAAUGCAUACAGCAACCAGAGAUUGUUGUGCAGAAUGAACGAAAAAGAAAACUGUUGCAAACCUUUGUUGAAAAUACAGAUUUGCCAAAUGCUGGAUUUUCAGAAAAAUUAAGCCUUAACGUUAAAUGGACAUGUUGAUCAGUUCAUUGUACUCCAACUCAUGGUAUGUAACACUUGUGCAAUUGACAGUUUGUGGCAACCAGUCCCACCAUAAGUUGAACAAUAUAUAUAUUAUGAACAUGACUUUUAAAUGACAGUGAAUUUGAUUGUACAUCCUGUAAAGACUCCAGAGGACAAGAUGAAUGUUGCUCCUGUGGCAGCAGCAGCAGUAGCAUAGUUACAUUAAGAGAUUCAGAAUUGCUUUUAAAUACUUGAAUUUUUAUAAAGAAUGUUUUGUUUUUUGUUUCUUUCAUUACGACAAAGGUUGCAUAUAUAUUUUAUGCAAUGUAUGAAUUGAUACACAAAGCAAAGAAAAUCCAAAUCUCUUUUCUUUGUUGGGGACUUUGUGUUUUCAUGUUCAAUGUUAAUUGUUUUAUUAGAAAAUAAAUCUGAUCCUGAA